AUGGCUCUCGACCUCUGUCCGGACGCAAUUUUGAUCAGCUGUGCAAAGGAAGCGACAUAUCAGUCAUCCGAGGAAACAGUAGAAACUUCAUUUACAAACAUUCAAAAUCAUGAACCACCUCAUGAUCACUCUUUACUCGGAGGCGAGGAUGGAUUUCCGACACAUUAA